CAAGUAUUCAAGUAGCUAUUACUAAAAAAUCUCCAUAUAUACAGACAUCACACCGUGUGAGCGGCUUGAUGUUGGCUAAUCAUACCAGUAUCUCAUCGUUGUUAAAACGUACCUGUGACCAAUAUGACCGAUUUAGAAAACGUGGAGCUUUCUUAGAUUCAUAUAGAAAAGAAGACAUGUUUUCGGACAAUCUGGAUGAGUUUGAUGUUGCUAGAGAAAUCGUUCAAGAUUUGAUCAAAGAAUAUGAAGCAUGUGAAAGUCCAGAUUAUAUUAACUAC